CGUAAAGUCGAAAGAUCACCAUGGUCGUUGGAGACUCCGCUGGUGGCUUUGACGGCGACGCCGUUCAUCAGAAUCUUGUCGAUACAGACGCUCACUACCUGGGCGUUGCUGAUAUCGCGAACGGUCUUGUCUGGGAUAGCGAUGAAACAGUGGACGCCAACUCAAGCUUUGUGACGACGCAAGAGGGAGGCAACGAACCCCACGGUAACUUCAAUACCAAAUUUGACGACCGUUUCGAAUCGGCGAAGUACGCGGGUACUAUAGGGUCUGCGAGCAGAAUUCACCCUACUCUUGGCACAUCUUUCGAUAACGCUCUCGCCAACAUUCGUCGACUUCAGGAUUCGCAAGCGAAAACCACCGAGAAAAACCACCUGCUCGUGAAGUUGGGAACGAAGACGGGGAUACGCGUCAACUUUGCUCUGUUUAAGAGAAGAUCUCAACCGUAUGACGCAUCUGAUACGUCGGACCCCACUGCGAAGCAUCCCGUUGCACCUGGCAUGUACCAGGAGCGCCUUAAGGCUAUAACUCCUUUUUAUCGCCUGGAAGCGUUGGACGCCCGUGACAUCAACGACAACCCCAUCGACCCCACCGUCCUUGAAGGGCAAUUGAUCGGUGCAGUUGUGGAAGUAAAGUUCACUUUGCACCACUGGUCCGUUCAUCCAAGGGGGAAACCGGCGCCUACAUCAGAUACUUUCAACGCGAAGUUGACUCGAAUUCGAGUGCUUAAGGUGGCGGGAAAUGUUUUGCCGAUGAGUGGAAUCCAGCCGACUGUUCGCGAACCCGCCACAGCGCAGAAGCGACGUGCGGACGGGGAUGGGGGCGAUGCGAACAAAGAUGCCGGACCUUCGGGAUCCAAGAACAAGGGGAAGCAACCCGAAGGCUCGGCUAACAAGAGACAGAGAACUUGAAUACUGCGUGAAGAAGUAGAAUGAACCUCCAAUAUUCGCCCACAAGGGUUGUAUUUGUACCGUCUGUAUUGUUUUCCUUUUCUCAGAUUUUGUAUGGUUUCUUAUUUCUUUUGAUAUGUACGAUUAUGAGUCUGUUGAA